GAGCUGCAGGAGCUGCAGCAGCGCCGGCACCAGCAGCGCCUGCAGAGGGCGCACGAGCAGCGCGAGCUGCGCGACAUGCUGGCCAAGUACUCGCCGUGGGGAAAGCCGGGCUGCGGCGCGCCCAACCCUGACGGCAUCCGCAAGAGGAAGAUGCGCCUCGACGGGCUCUUCCCCGACGACGAGAAGAAGGGCCAGCGGCCCACCGCGCUGCCAGUGGACGGACCGCCCCGAGCCUCGCCGUCUCCGUCGCCGAGCGGCGGCCUGCGCAGGGACCCGCUCAUCCACUUCCAGCCGCACGAGACGGGCCGCCGCUGCGUCGACAACCUGCUGAGGUACCGCCAGCCCGGCGAGCAGCAGCGGGCCUACAAGCAGCAGCUCGACAACAUGGUAGCCGAGAGGCGGAGAUUGCAGGCGGAGGAGGAGCGGAGGCAGAAACAACUGGAGACACAGCUGGGCUGGACGGAUAACUCGACGCUGAGGACGGCAGAGAACCAGCGCUACCGCCGCUACAACGGCCACAACAACCAGCUCAACAGCAGCAUCAGCUUCACCAGCAGGAACAACAGCAACAGCAGCAACAACUGUCUCACCUACAAUGGCCACAAGGAAGAGGACUCCGGCGGCGUGGAGUUGGUACCCCUGCUGACGAGGCGACGGCCGCCGCAGGCGCCCAGGCACCCGCUGGCCUCCACUGACGUCACCCGCGUUCGCUCCGAGCCCCCCAGCGCCAGCCCGCGGUCCUGGCUCAAGUCGGGCAGUGACUACAUCCAGGAGCUGUCCCGCCAGGUGACCACCAAGCAGCAGGAGCAGCAGAGGGCAGUGCAGGAGGAACGCGAGAGCAGCCGGAAGCACCACGAGACGUGGCGUGGCCUGUGGGGACGGCCGGGCCACGGUGCACCCCGCGAAGUCACCACCAAGGCCAACCUGGACACUCUGCUGCGGCAGGUCACCGUAAAGUAGGACCGGGCACCGGCGCCACGGCCCGCACCGUCAAAUGCGGCCAGCCGGCAUGGCGCACCUGGUCGAAUAGGGCCAGCCCAUCUCACUCCGUCAAACGGGGCCUGAGGCACUGUGCACUGUCAAACAGAGCCACCUCGAUGGUGAACUGUGAAGCCGUCCCCAGCAGGACACCAACCCUCCCCACCCCCCCCCCCUCAACCUGGUGUCGACUAGUACACUGGGAUCAGCACAAUGUAAACAAACACAGAUGCCAAUGUAUUUGUUUAUCUCAGGUCAGCAUCCUCCUCAUCCCUUCCUUCUUCUAACUAUCCCCAUGUUUCUUAAAAGUUACCUCAGUCUAGCAUUUCAUGACUUAUGGUGACUUACAUAGUUCACACUGCCCAAAAUUUCACACCCAGUGCUAAGAUAUGGAGAAGAAGUUAAGUUUUACUCUUCAUCAGUUGGCCUUCCUCAAUUGCUAGUGCUUAAACAUUCAGGAGUCUCAAGACCAACUGCCAUUGGCUAGACCAAUUAUUUACCUCCACUUACUCAUAUUAACUAUAUGAGACUGAUGAAGAUAAUAGACUUGUAUUGAGAAAAAUGAGGUUUCAUAUGUGUAUCCAUAUGUAGAUUUAUCAAAGUUUUGUUAAAUCAUUUAAGGCAAAUACCAGUACUGUUAGUUGAAAAUCACACUACUGGUGUCAUUGUCCUCCCAUGUCCAAACCUUGCUCAUGAUACAUCUCAAAUGACACUGGUAUCAUCCUUGGGAUGUUAAAAAGCUAUCUUGCACCCUUACUUCUUUUUCACUUGUUGCUGAUGAAAUUCGUUGCUCUCCCUCCCCCCUGCCCCCUCAAAAAAAUUCUUAAGCCACACUCCAUGUAACUAGAAAGCAAGGCUACAAAGCUUGAAGUUCAAUAUCUUGUGAAAUUAUAUGGGAAAUGUGUCAAGAGUAAUAUUCAGUGCAGCAUAAUUCCUUUCAAUGACUUUCAUUUGUAUGGCAAUGGUAUCUCCUGGCAAAUUUGUUGUUCUGUUUUAGUAAUUUUGUGAAAACCUACACACUGAUACUACUGACAUGUAUUGUAUCUCUCUACUCAGUCUUUUCGGACUAUAAAAUGGCUUAACAAAAUUACACAUACCACUUCAAUGUUUGAGCACAUAGAAAUAUUAUAAGUGUUAGCUCCACCAUAAGAAUCUGUACCCAAUGUUUGCUAUUACAUCCUGAAACUGCUAUUUGGCUGCAUCAAAGAGUUUGUCAUAUAUCAGGGUUAUCCAUGUUACUUCAGACCAACUGUACACAGACAGGCUAUCCAUGGUCAGGUAUUUUAGGUUUACAUAGAGGUGAAACACGGGACCAAACUGCUGAGGUCAUCGGUCCCUAGACAUACACACUACUUAAACCAAAUUAAACUAACUUAUGCUAAGAACAACACUUACACUCAUGCCCGAGGGAGGGCUUGAACCUCCGGUUGGAGGGGCCGCGCAAUCUGUGACAUGGUGCCUCAAACCAUAUGGCCACUCCAUGCGGCAAUGUGACACAAAAAUAAUUUUUGUAGAAAUGAUAUGUUGCACAAUGUAAUCUCAUCAUCUGAGACAAGUGGCUAUGACCCUAGUAAUCUGCAGCUCAGGCAUUGAAUAUAUCAAACCAUGCAGACACAUUCAGCAUAAGGUCCCCGAUUGUUGUUUUUAAGGUUUUCCUGCACACGGUGAUGAUGUCAAGAUGUCAUGCAUAUUUGGGCUCUUGUACAUGAGAUUUGUUGGUUGUAGUAGCUCCUUUUCCUAUAUGCUACUUUUGGACAAAGUUCUUUCAAGACUGUUUCACUUGCCCCAGCAAGGUCCACAUAUUGCCUAAUCUAAGGCUGAACUUGGUUCUCUGCUAACUGAUGUAAGUUCUCUGAAGAAUAAUUUAUAAAAAUUGUCAAACAGUGAAGUCACAAAAACUGUUAACAAGUCUACACUAUAAGUGAAUUUACAAUUUUCCACACAUUGUUAAUGGAAUACAAUUUAACUAUUUAUACAACACUGACACUAACAGUCAGUAUCCAUAUGAAACCUACAACCUUCUGUUAAGAAAUCACAACAAAGUCAGUUUCCCAAUAGUAUUACUUUUCAUGUGGUAUUCAACAGUUUGUUAUGCUCGCCAAAAUACUAAACAGUUCACUACUUGGUGUCACUCUGAUGUGUCUAAGCAAUGUCUGUGUAAUAUGCCACUUGAUUUUACAGAAUGUAGUAAGAAGGGAAAGCUUUACUGCAUCAAAAUGAAACCUCCAUUAACGGGAGCACUGCUGGUGCGGGUAAUAGGCAUUAUUUGAGUUAGGAGUGUGGAGUCUGUUGAGAUAUGCAGCAGUAGAAUGGAUGUGAGGUGCGUGGUUGCAAUCAAGACAUAAAACGCAGAUACUUAACAGGGGAUAAAUGAAAGGAUGCCAUGUGAUCUACACAGAAUGUAUCUUACAUUGAAUUUCUUAUAUAACUGCAAGAAUAGUUGCUGAUAAUGGAGUCAAUCAGUGUGGAAGAUGGCAUUAUAAUUUCAGCAGUGUGCAUGUAACAGGUAGAAAUUGUAGUGUCUAAUAUUUGAUAAGAUCCACAGGGCAGUUAAACUUGGACUGCUAUUAUUCACUUUUUUUCCCAGCUAGUAAUAGCACAUAGCAAUAAUAAUGACUUUAAACUGUAAUUAUGUUGGUUAAGGCACAUGGCAACAAUUAUUACAUGGCAAAUAUGACCAAUGUAUAUGAGCUCUGCCACCAGUUACACAGUCUGAUUACCAAAAAAAUUAAAGAAACUGAUAGCAAUUAAAGAAACUGAUAGCAAUUUACUAGCAGGGAGCUUACACCCGCUGCUCUGACAACCUCUUCGUAUCAGAGUAGUGCAUACACAAAAUGUCCUCAGUUAUUUAUUGGAUGUAUACCAAUCCGUGGAUUCCCCUUCAGUUUUUGCUCUCAGUUUCUACAUUUUGUACCAGGGCAGUUAUUUCUAGAUGUCUCAAUAUUUAUCAUCCCAGACCUCCUGCUACUCAGUGUUAUUUCUUUGUAUAUAUUCAAUUUCAUCACCAAUUCCAUUGGAUAUCUCUUCAUUUCUUAUCAGUCUAAUUAAUUUUCAGUAUCCUUCAUGGCAGUUACUCUGAUUCUCUUCUUUUCCAGAUUUCCCACUACUCUACUACCACUAACAUUAAAAAGUUUAUUCUAGUACUGCACUGGCUUCUUGGGUAUGUCAAGUUAGCACUCAUAUGCUUUGCUGGACAUUCACAAUCAUAAAAGCUCCAUGAGUGGAGACAGCAAGUCAGCAAUCAUAUGAUCCCAUUAACUGUAAAACAAACUGAUGUUGGGUGGCUAUCCACUUAUGCUUUAACAGAAUCUCCAUCAGCAACAACAAUCUAGUUGCAGGUAGGGAAAAUUAUACAUUAUCAGUCACCUAGUAUAAUCACAGAGAGUCUGAAGCACACACAUACACCUCACAUCUUCACUUUGAGAAUAACUGACCUAAACUGGGAAUAUGUACCAUGGUAAAGAAGAACAUUUGUGUCUUUUUCCUGAAUUACAAAAUCAACUUAUCACAAUGUUGUUUCUGAUGAUUGUACUUUUCUCCCUUAUCUCAUUUUCAAAUUUCUAUAUUAGCUAUUACAAUACAUACGUUUAACUUCAUAUUUCAAAAUUAACCGAAAAUAUCAAACUUAUUAUUCUGAGGCACUGUCCACUUUACGUAAAAUUAUGUUUUUGAAGUGCACACAUCAUUGAAAUGUACUAGCAGCAAAUUCUCAAAAAACAUAUAGUGCUGCUAAGAAACAUAAUAACUCUUUUUACUGCAGUUAUAAGGAAUAUUUGAUAAGAAUAUCACACUUGUUAGGCAAAUAAAAUUUGCCUUUUAAUAUCUAGCAGGAUUAUCACCAGCAAUAGUUUUCUGAUCAGUAUCCACUGUAUGUUUGCAGUAUUUCCAAAGUCAUUAGGGACAUGUAGAAAUGAAAACUGAAGAUAUUGAUUUCUACAUAGAAAUAUAACACAUAGUGAAAUAUUUUCAAUAAAUAUGUUGCUACUUCAUAGUAGCUUAAAUCACAUUUAAAAAUAAGAGUGAACAAACAUUUACCUUUUAAUGCAAAAGACUGUCUUCACAGACAAUUUUCUGGAUUAAACUGUUUGAUUGUUUCUGAAAGUUUAUCUCUGAACUAUUUUCAUUAGCAUAUUCUCUUAAAACAUAGUGGCUUUUUUUUUAUUCUGAUGAGUCUAUAGUAAUACAGCCUUGUGAUUUAACAGUAAUAAAAUUUCAUGUUGAUCAUUUUUAUUUUAGAGGUUUUAACCUUGACUCCAGUGACUGUGUAACAUUUACUUAAAAGUAUGGAUUAUUUCCUCAUUUGAAAUCUAAGAAAAUAACUUCACUCAGAAAGUGUUCUGGGGCUUUUAAGACUUAAUCAUUAAGCAUACCAUUGUUUGACUGUGGUGCCUUUAUUAUCUAAAGUCACCUCCAGCCAUCAAAGUGUGUUCAGUGACUCAUAAUCAUCUAACACAUAAAGCAAUCAUCUAAUAAAUUCUUAUUGUUGGUUUUUGUGAGGUAUACAUAAGACCAUAGUUUUAUAUGCUUUGUGAAUACUAAAAAAAAACAAAAAAAACAAAAAAAAAAACUUUACAAAUAUCAUAGAUCCAAUUUUGAUGUGGGAUAUUACUUAUUUAUGACAUUGGUAUGCUGAUUUAUAUCUGAUUAAACCUGUAUUAAGGUGUAGCUGAAGACAUUGUGACCAUGUUUUCGAUUUAUGGAAUUUACCAAAGGGACAUUGGAAGACAAACAUUGUAUACUGCACAAAGAUGUUAGAUUUAAAUACUAAGAUACCCCAUUAAUUGUAUAUAAUUUUGUAACAGUCAUAUAUUAUUGCUACGGCAGAAAAUUUCCUUCUGUAUAAGAGCUGUCUAAAUCUAUCACUUUCUUUCCUUUUCAGUUGGGACUACCAGAAUCAAUAUUCUUUACUUACAACAUUUCCUUGUGUUUAAUCUGAUCUUGUUAAUACAGUUUUAAUUCUGACAAUUGUACUUGUCUUCCAUAUCUCAUGUUCAAAUGUCUAUAUUGACCACUACAGCAUAUACAUUUAAUAUGGAUGGAAAAGAGAUACUAAUUUUAGGCUGAGGGCUAUUACAUGACAGACACUAAUUUGUACUGUGAACAGCGAGCCAUAUGGUCAUUUCCUACAAUCUUACGAACUGAAAUAAACUUCAAAUGCUGCAUUAAUUAGGACUUUAUUUACCAUACACCAUAAAGAAUUUCAGUAUUUAAGAAUUACACAGUUGGCACUAAAACUACAAAACAUCUGAUAAUAUGCUAUGGUAUUUGCUAUUAUGAUGGAGCUUCUUGUGUUUGGGUCUUCAGCUGAAUGCUGUGAAGACAAAUACUGAAAAAUGUCAGUAUGGAACAUGUUUAUGUUUAUUAUACUUAAAUGUAAGUGCUUCUUAAAUAUCAGCCAGCAAAUUUUUGUUGUAGCUUGAGAAAGCUAUGGCCUAUGUCAUCCAUGAGUGAAAAGAUGUGUGCUGUCUAUUUCAAAUAAGCUGGCUGUGUAUAUACAUUGGCUGUGUGUUUGUAUACAAAACAAUGAAAUAUUAGUGAUCAUCUUCAAGAUGUUUAACUAUAUACUGAAUCAAAUAAUUACAAGUACAUGUAUGAAGUGACAGAGCUGAAGAAUUGUGUGUCACACACAAGUGAAAGCAUCAAAUUUGCUUCAGCCUAGAUUCAUUUGAAACUUGCUUUAAUCAGUAGUCGUCCUACACAUCAUAUCAUUGUUAUCAUGUAACAUAAUUUUGGAAAUAAGGAAGAUAACACGAGUGUAAUUUCCCUGGAUACAGCCAUCCAAGUAAAGCUACUCAUUGAGACUAAUUUCCCUAUGCCACCAUUUUAGUAGAAAUUUGUACAAUUACUAGUUCAUUAAAUUAUAUCUUUAGAUAACCGCACUGUUUACUGUUGAUAAAUGACAGUUUUGUAUGUGACUUUUAAAUUAUGUGACUCAUAGGAGUGAAAUAUUGCAGUUUUUUUAUGAAUUACUGAUGUUACCACUGUUACAAUAAAUGUAACAUGGUUGAAUUUCUGAUUUAGCAUCAUGAAGUUGUCAACAUGACAAAAACUUCUAUUGUACUCUUAGUCACUUAAUGAAGACAUGCUUACAGUGAUAACCAUAUUACAAACUGCCAAACAAAUUUUUUGAUUAGUAUUGUAACUGUCGGUGAGAUUUUAGGAUAUUUAGAAUAUAGCUAAAACUAUUUCUGUUGGUAUAGCUGUUUAUGAAAUAGAUUAUAUUAGCUGUUUUGAGUUGUGUUCAUGAUGAGAACAACAUUUAUAUAAUGUUGACU